AUGGAACGCAUGUUCUUUGUUUCUUUUCUUUGUUUAAGGGAUGAUCUUGACAAGGAAAUUAAAUCUGAUCAGUCCCAUCGGUUAAGAGAAGAAAUUAUCACCAUGGGAAAGCUUUUAAUCCUUCUCACAGGCUCUUUGCGCCUCUACCUCAUCGUAGCUCUGCUCUAUGUCCUCUACAAAUAUUGGCGGAUUCCUCACCGUAUACAGUUUAUCCUGAAUUCACAGGGAACUAGAGGACCUCCUUAUGAAUUCAUCCAUGGUAACAAGAAAGCAACUAUACAAAUGCAAAGGGAAGCAUUAAGCAAACCUAUGGACUUGACACAUGAAAUAUUUCCCAGAGUGAUGCCUCAUAUUCAUUCCUGGAUCAACACAUACGGGAAGUAUUAUCUUGCUUGGGUAGGUGUUCGAGCUCAACUGGUAAUUACAGAACCAGAACUAAUCAAAGAGGUGCUGAAAAACAGAGAAAAAGUAUUUCCAAAGAAGAAGGUUACAUAUUUCCUCAGCAAGAUACUAGUGGACGGGCUUGCUACAACGAAAAGUGAAAAAUGGCACAGGCAGAGGAAGCUGGCCAAUUAUGCUUUCCAUGAGGAGAGCUUAAAAAACAUGACUCCAGCAGUAGUUGCAAGCGUUGAAACAAUGCUGGAGAAGUGGAAAAGGCAGGAAGGCAAAGAGAUUGAAGUGUUCCAGGAAUUUAGAUUAUUGACUUCAGAAGUGAUAUCCAGAACGGCUUUUGGUAGCAGUUACUUGGAAGGGGAGAAGAUCUUUCAGAUGUUGAUGAAGUUGUCAAUAAUUACUAGCAGAAAUAUUUUUAAAGCCAGGAUUCCAGUCAUCAGCAAGUAUUGGAAAUCAGCUGAUGAAAUUGAAUCAAAAAAACUUGCGAAAGCAAUACAUGAUUCUGUGAUGAAAGUUGUUAAAAAAAGGGAAGAGAGAGUAGUGACCGGAGAAGCUGACAGCUUUGGCCAUGAUUUUCUGGGACUACUUCUCAAUGCCUAUCAUGAUUCGGACGACAAAAACGGGCUUUCGGUACAAGAUUUGGUUGAUGAGUGUAAAACAUUCUACUUUGCUGGACAAGAAAAAACUAACUCCUUGCUCGCAUGGACAGUCCUGCUUUUAGCAAUGCAUACAGAUUGGCAAGAGAAAGCAAGAACAGAGGUGAUUGAGGUAUUUGGUGAUCAAAACCUACAUCCUGAAGGGAUUGCCAAACUAAAAACGAUUACCAUGAUCAUCAAUGAAACUCUACGAUUGUAUCCUCCUGUAAAUGGCAUGGCAAGCGAAGUUGGAAAGGAAGUUCAAUUGGGAAAACUCAUCCUCCCUACUUAUAUAGAGUUCCUCAUCCCAAACUUGGCAAUUCACCAUAAACCUGAAUUAUGGGGAGUUGAUGUUCAUCUUUUCAAAUUAGAGAGAUUCGCUGAAGGGAUUGCCAAAGCCACCAAACACAAUGCGGCUGCAUUCAUUCCCUUUGGAUUGGGACCUCGAUCUUGCGUGGGCAUGAGCUUUGCAAUCACUGAAACGAAGACUGCUCUCUCCAUGAUUCUGCAACGCUACACCAUUACACUCUCUCCUGCCUACGUCCACUCACCAUUAGCACUUCUUACACUUAAGCCACAACAUGGGAUUCAGUUGGUGUUUCAUUCACUGCAUAAUGAUGCUUAGAGUACUCAGCUGUUCACUCCAAAAUGCUAGAAUAUAGCUUUAUCAAUAAUAAGUGAUGUGAAACAGUUGCUAGUAAUUAAUUUUGUUCGAUUUACUGUAUUUAUCAGCCAUGUGAUGCUAUAGUAUUACCAAUAAUAAGUGAUGUGAAACAGUUUCUAGCAAUGAAUGCUGAUCGAUUUACUGUAUUUAUCGGCCAUGUGAUGCUAUAUAA